AUGAGCAGCUUUGCAAGGCGCAGCGAUGGGAACGACGCUUAUAUCAUGAAUCAUCAAAUGGCAAUGCCCGGCUCAUAUGGUCAGCCAGAGAGCCAUGAUUUCAAGCAAGAGAGCCAUGACUUCAGCCCACAUGGAUCUGGUUCAUAUCACUUCCCUCAACAUUCCUUCAAUCCUUAUGGGCCUCAAUUUGGACAGCCCUAUGGCCCACAGUCAAGUCUGUCUUCGGGGUUACAACAUCUCCAAUAUACCUCGGAGCAUUCCAUCCCGUCAAUGACAACUCCAGAUGAUCCCAGGCUGCACCACCCGCCGCAAUUCAUGUCCCAAUCGCGCUAUCUUCAGGGACCGAGGUACCUGCCCCGCGAUCCACUGGGUGAAACGGAGAUUGAAAGCCAAGAGUCUCACAACGAGGCCACAUUGCUGUCGGAGGCUGUGAUCCCUGCACCCAGCGGCUUUCCCGAUGUGAAGGAGUUUGAUCAGCUGAUGCAGAACUAUGUUGAGGACCUAUCCGUCAAGAAGCAAGACAAAGCAUUGAUUUAUGCGAAACGAGCACGUAAUAUCAAAACCGUGUUGAUUGACCCCAAGGACACUGCAGUGGAGUCGGCUCAAUUUCGGUUCUGGGUCAAGAAAAUGUUCAAGUUGCAAGCUGUGGGAUCAGAUCACAAAAAGAUGAUCUGUCAUGAGGGAAAGCCCGUUGCCAUCCGAGAAAAGUUAUUCAAAAUCCUCACCAGGGCCCAUCAACAAUGUCAGCAUGGUGGCCGAGACAAGACAUCUGCUCAGGUCCGGCGGAUCUAUUCAUGGGUUCCUAAGGAACUAAUCUCUCGUUUUGUCAAGAUUUGUCCAACCUGCCAGGUGCGCCGUGGGGGUUCGCGUCUGACGCCGCCCAAUUCGCGAAGAAGUUCUCCUAGACUGGAGAUGGUUCCUCGAUCUCCAAAACUCCCGUCGCCACCGAUCUCGCGACGGGAAUCCACAUUUGGCCAAAUGUCCCUUGACAGGACGCAGCCUGACUAUUUUGGCCAUAUGCAUGGUCACAAUGGCUGGCUGGACAGUCACCAAAAUGUGCAAGGUCGUCCAAGCCUAAGUGGUGGAAUUCGGUCAUUUCAAGGUGCUAUGGGUAACCUUUCACACUCGAUUCCCAGUACCCUGGAUCCCUUCUCUAGCGAUUUAUCCAUCCCCCCAUCCCAGUUGAGUUAUGCAACGGGAUACGUACCGACACAUGGAGCUGCACCCCGAGACUUCUAA